GUGCAAACCAGUGCAAUUCGUGCAAUAGCAAUGUUGAUAUUUAUAAUAAUAUUUUCCGCAUUUAUUUUAGGAUUAUGUUUACAUUUAAAAAAUCUGAUUAAAGAUUAUUAUCUGAGGGGUCCGCAUAAGCAUUUUAAAACGGUGGAUGGCACCAAGUUGACCGACAAAGUGUAUAUCGUGCCUGGGCGCACAAUUUUUGGAAACAAUCUGGACAUGUUAGGCCUGGGUGCCGAGGGUAUUUUCUAUUGGUGUCGUGACCUCUAUCGCCGUGCCAAUGGUAAACCGUAUUUAAUGAAUUUCCUCCAAUGCUAUGUUUACUCCAUAACGAGUCCAGAAGAUGCACAAGAAGUUUUCCAAAGCCAAACUUUAAUAACGAAAGGUCCUAUCUAUGACUUAAUGCGCCCAUUUUUGGGUGAAGGACUGCUUGUGAGUGCAGGCGAACAUUGGCACAACAGACGCAAACUACUCACGCCAGCUUUCCAUUUUAACAUUUUACAGAGUUUUAUUGAGGUUUUCAAAAAUGAAAGCUUAAAGCUCGUGAAAUUGGUGCACUCGCAGGAUGAACAAAUAGUAAACUUGAAUAAUGUAAUAUCCGAAUUCACUUUGAAUAGUGUUUGUGAAACUGCGCUUGGUGUCUCUUUGGACGACAUACCCGGCAGCGAGGAAUACCGGAAAGUCAUACAUAACAUAGAAUAUUCGAUGGUGAACCGUCUCUGUAACCCUGUAAUGUACAUAGAUUGGAUAUUCUACUUAUUUGGAGAUUACAAAGCAUUUUACGAACACUUGAAGGUGGCACAUGACUUCAGCAGCAUGAUUAUCAAAAAGAAACGCGAAGAAUUCCACCGUGGACAAAUUGUGAAAGACGACAACGAUGAAACGGGGAAGCGUAAGCGUCAUGCUAUGUUGGACACACUUUUCUACGCCGAGUCGAAUGGUGUUAUUGAUCAUCAAGGCAUUUGCGACGAAGUGAAUACUUUUAUGUUUGAAGGCUACGACACGACAUCCACUUGCCUCAUUUUUACGCUAGUCAAUUUGGCCGCACACCAAGAAAUACAGGAGAAAUGUUAUCGCGAAGUCGCGAAUUCUGAUUUGCCAAAUCUAAGCAUUUUCGACUUCAAUAAGCUGGAAUAUUUGGAUCGAGUUAUAAAAGAAUCGCUACGUCUCUAUCCUUCCGUACCCUUUAUUGCCCGCCAUUGCACUCAACAAACGGAACUCAACGGUUUGAUAUUGCCCGCACGUGCCGAAGUUAACAUACACAUUUUUGAUAUAAUGCGUGAUGAGCGGCACUUUCCGGAUCCCUUGAGAUUCGAUCCAGAUCGAUUUCUGCCCGAAAAUAGUAUAGAUCGUCACCCGUUUGCGUUUGUACCCUUUAGCGGAGGAUCAAGGAAUUGCAUUGGUUAG